AUGGCCGCCCAGGCACCGGCGAUCGAGGUUCCCACUGAUGCCGAGCUGCUGCAGGCUCAGGCCGACCUGUGGCGCCACACCCUCUACUACCUCACCUCCAUGGGGCUCCGCUGCGCCGUCAAGCUCGGCAUCCCGACGGCCAUGCACAAACUCGGCGGGGUCACCUCGCUGCCCGACCUGGCGGCCGCACUGUCCAUCCCCGCAAGCAAGCACCCGUUCCUCGCCCGCCUGAUGCGCGCGCUGGUCACCUCUGGCGUCUUCGCCGCCGGCGGCAGUGACGAUUCCGGGGCGGAGCUCUUCCGCCUCAACCCCCUUUCCCGUGUCCUGGUGGACGACGUGGUCGCGGACGAGCACCACAGCCAGACGUCCUUCGUGCUCGCCGGGACGUCCCCGCACUACAUGGAGGCCGCGCUGGGGAUGGCCGACUGGUUCAAGAAGGACGUCGCCGGACCGGUGCCGUCCGUGUUCGAGGACGUGCAUAGCGCGUCCCUUUUCGACGAGAGCUCCGCGGCCUUGGACCCGGAGCUCGACGCGCUGGUCACCGAAGGUCUCGAAGCCCACGACAACCUGGGGAUCGGCACCAUCAUGCGUGAGUGCCAUGACCUCUUUAAGGGGCUCGAGUCUCUGACAGACUGCUGUGGUGGAGACGGAAAGACGGCGAGGGCCAUCGCCAAGGCCCACCCGCACGUCAAGUGCACCGUGCUGGAUCUCCCCAAGGUUAUCGAAAAAACUCCAUCCGACUGCGUAGUAAACUAUGUCGCCGGUGACCUCUUCCACACCGUCCCAAAGGCCCAGGCAGUGAUGCUCAAGCUUGUGCUGCACCACUGGAGUGACGACGAUUGUGUGAAGAUCCUAACCCAGUGUAAGAAUGCCAUUCCUUCCCGUCAAGAAGGAGGGAAGGUGAUUGUCAUUGACAUUGUGGUCGAACCAUCACUAGGACCUGUCAUGUUUGAGGCCCAGACUCUCAUGGACUUGCUCAUGCUUGUCUUCACCAGAGGCUGUCAACGUAGCGAAAAUGACUGGCGUGACCUCUUCAUGAAAGCAGGCUUCACCGACUACAAAAUUAUCAAGAAACUCGGUGCACGAGGCGUCAUCGAGGUCUACAAGUGA